AUGGAUCUCGUCCAAAAAGAACACGAGCGACUUUCGAGGAGACUGAAAGCCUCGCAAGGUCUCAAAAAUGUGCAGACAACAAUAGAUCUCCUCCAGUCGGCUCGGGAAGCGAUUGCAUCUGACCCUAGCCAAGCAUCUAUGACCUUAGCGAAGCUCCAAAAUCCAGUCAAAUCAUCUUUUGAUGCCAUGAAUGACAACCUUAAAGAAACGCAUAGCGGCCUUAAUAAAUACACCAAAUCGUUAGAUAAGCUUUUCAAAGACAGACCACUCCCAAGUACCGAGCAUGAUGCCCUAUCCUCCCAGCAACACCUUAUCGACAGAGCCAUCGCGAUGCACCUUCUGAGAGAAGGGCAGUUCUCUGUCGCUGCAACAUUCCUCUCCGAAAUAUCAGACAAAAAGCCCCGCGACACAGCGCGAGACACAGAUACAGCCCCCGCAGAUAAUGCAGCAACACUCCUUGACAUCGAAGAAGUCCCAUCGGAUGAAGUUCGAAAACAAUUCGCCAUGAUGUACCACAUACUGCAAGAGUUGAAGGAGAAUAAUAAUUUGCUGCCGGCAAUUCAGUGGUCGAGGGAUAACAAAGAUGCCUUGGAGGCGAGAGGUAGUAAUUUGGAAUUUGAACUCUGCCGGUUACAGUUUGUCUGGCUCUUUCGUGGGGGACACAACUCGCAAACAUCCAUUUCUACCGGCCGGCAUGCAGCUUUGGAAUAUGCCAGGCGCGAAUUCCAUGUAUUCAUGCCAACAUAUCUCAGGGAGAUUCAGCAAUUGAUGGGAGCAAUGGCGUUUUGCCCCAAUCUGGAGACUUCCCCAUACAGAUCCAUCUUUAACAACCCAUGGGCCUGGACCGAUGUUGCAAACUCCUUUACACGCGAAUUUUGCUCGCUUCUGGGCCUUUCUGCAGACUCUCCCUUAUACAUCGCUGCCACUGCUGGUGCGAUUGCUCUUCCAACCCUGCUUAAGUUGCAGACUAUCAUGAAAGCAAAGCGUACAGAAUGGACCACGCAACACGAAUUACCAGUCGAAAUUCCACUCCCACCAUCUUAUUUAUUCCACUCUAUCUUCGUCUGCCCUGUAUCUAAAGAGCAAGCCACGGACGAUAACCCCCCAAUGAUGAUGCCCUGCGGUCACGUUAUCGCGCAGGAAUCUUUGAGGCGACUAGGCAAGGGCAGCCGGUUCAAGUGCCCUUACUGCCCGAGCGAGAGUCACCCUCGGGAUGCAAGAAAGGUUGUUUUGUGA